AUGGCACCAGAAUAUGUUGUGGUAUCCGCAGAAAAUAACCCAGCUAAAACGGGUACGACCCUAUAUAGCAGACGAGCUUUCCGGUCCGGGGAACUGAUCUUCACCGAGAAACCUUUUAUCAUAAUCAAGAGCCAGCCCGAGGCACAGUUCAUAAAAAAUCUUUGGAAAGGACUCGCAAAGGAUUUCAGGAAGGAGAAUCGCGCUGGUAAAGAAGAACAUCCAAUUGUCGAGGCCUUCAAACUGUUAUCGAAAGAGGAUCAAGAAGUAUUCUUAAUGCUCUUCAAUGCACGACAGAAGCUACUUACACGAGCUCAGAAUCAUGUAUGCAGUCGUAGGACUGCACCCGGGCCAACAUCCGUACUUGAAUUAUUAGGGAUCUACCUGACGAAUCUACAAUUUAUCCAUGAUGACAGUACAGCGGUUUUUAAGAAUAUAUCCAGAAUCAACCAUGCUUGCGUCGCAAAUGCAUAUCUCAAAUGGAGCCAGCGGCGCGGAUACAUGGAGGUUAUUGCUGCUCAGGAUAUUCCCAUGUCUGAUGUGGAAAUUACCAUCGACUAUUCCGAGAAGUUUGCAAGUUUGAUCUUCUCAAACGCAAAAGACGUUAGAGAUCAUUGUUGCUAUUUUUAUGGCUUUUGGUGCAGGUGUUUAUUAUGCUUGAGGAAUAUUCCCCAAGAAAACUCAAUAGUCACAUCGUAUCCAAAGAACCAAACCGAUGAUGAGACCGAGUUCUAUCUUGAUAAGGUCGAAGGAUUGAUACUCACGAACAGAGGUGAGAUUCGACCCAAAAAUGUUAACGGAAGACUAACUUGA